AUGAGUAAUCCUCUUGCGCAAGACGGGGAUGGCGCAAGAGUGAUACAUUCACCGAAUCCCAAUCCACAACCAUACGAAAAUAUCAUCAUUACGAGUCGUUAUACAUGGUGGAACUUCAUAUUUUUAAAUUUGUGGGAACAGUUUCACAGAUUUGCAAAUAUAUACUUUCUUUUUUGUGCUAUCAUCCAAGCAGUUCCACAAAUAUCACAACUAGAUCCCGUAACUGGCUUUUUAUCUAUACUUUUAAUGUUAUCAAUUACAGCAAUCAAAAACGGAUUUGAAGAUUAUAAAAAGCACAAAGCAGAUGAAACUAUUAACACGCGUAUAGCGAAAGUUGUUAAUCGCGACGGAAGUGUUGUUGAUGAAGAGUGGCAACACUUAAACGUUGGUCAAUUGGUAUAUAUUGAAAAUGAUUGCACAUUUCCUGCAGAUGUCGUGAUGUUAUAUUCGCAAUCAACAGACGGAAGAUGCAGAAUUGAAACUUCUGCUCUCGAUGGAGAGACAAAUUUAAAGUUUAAAGCAUCCGUACCUGGCGAACUCCACAAGUGCGCUAUGGAAAUACAUGUUUCAAAGCCUACACCUGAUUUAACAGACUUCAACGGCAAAAUUAUCGCGAAAAACCAAACUACGCCAAUAGACUUAAAUUACUUUGUACCUCGUGGCUGUAUAUUACGAAAGACUGCAUUUGCAGUUGGUGUUAUCAUUUAUACAGGCAAAGAUACGAAAUCAAUUUUAAAUGCAGCAAAACCACACUUCAAAUUUACAGAACUUGACACUUUUCUUGACAGAAUGGUCAUUAUUCUCUCAAUUUCGCUAGCUAUUAUUUGUAUUGGCUUAACAGUUGGAAAUUACGUCUGGACAAGGCAGCAUAUUAAUUCUGGGUACUUAGAUCUCCACGAAUUACCAUUUAUUAAUUAUUUCUACCAGAUAUUUUCAUGGCUUUUGAUUUUGAACAUUGUCAUUCCAUCAUCAAUUUAUUCGACACUAGAUCUUGUCAGAUUCUUCCUCUCUCAGAGUAUAACACAUGAUAAAACGAUGAUGGAUGGCGAAAAGAACUCAUUUUGUCGAAAUUCUGACUUAGUUUGCUCAAUAGGAAGAGUAACUCACAUUUUUUCAGAUAAAACAGGUACAAUCACCAAAAAUCAGAUGACUUUCAAAGCAGUUGCAUUCCAAAGUGCUGUAUUUGGCUUAGAACAGAACAAAAAGCCGCCAUCAAAAUUAAUAUUAGACGAUAUCAAUUCAUGGGAGCAAGUUACAUCGGAAAGACUUGUUUCAGUAUCACCGGAGUGUAUAAGAUGGAUGACAGAGCACAACGAAACUGAUGAAAAUGUCAGAGAUUUCUUAUUGACAAUAGUUUUGUGUCAUGGCAUACAAACUUUGUCGAACAGUACGUACUACAAGCUAUCAGAAAUCCGAAGGGUCUUCCCUGACUUCGAAUUUCCCUUGGAUUUACCUUCCGCAGAAGUUGUAUCGAAAUUUCCUUAUUUAAUUUCGUACCAAAGUGCUUCCCCCGAUGAGAUCGCACUUAUCCACUUCGCGCGCGAGUGCGGAUACAUACUUUACAACACAACUUCAACAACUGUAAGUGUAAUCAUCAAUGGAAAACUGACAGUUUACAAAAGACCCGUAAUUUUUGAGUUCAACUCAAAAAGAAAGCGAAUGUCAGUACUUGUACAAAAGCAAGAUGACGAAGAUAGUACUAUUAUGAUGUACAUGAAAGGCGCAGAUAGUACAGUUCUUCCAAGAUCUGAAUGUCAUCCAGAUUUCGUCAAAACACUUGACCAAAUCAGUGACAAAGGCUUAAGAACACUGACAUUCGCACGUUGCCCUCUCAAUGCCACAGACAAAGACUUAUUCGACAGGUACAAAGAAGCAAUGGAAUCUGUAGAAAACAGACAGCAACAAUUAAAAGAACUAGCUGAUGAUGCAGAGCAAGGAUUAGAAGUUUUCGGGUUCUCAGGCGUUGACGAUGAACUACAAGACGAUGUCCGCAUCACAUUACACAGAUUGCGCCAUGCGAACAUCAAAAUAUGGAUGUUAACAGGCGACAAACUCGAUACAGCAUUAAAUAUCGCGCAAACAAGUGGUCUUUGCGACAAAAGCCAAAAGAUUGUUGUUAUUACUAUGGAUGAUGUCGAAAACCAUUACAGUAGACUAGCAGAUCUUGAUUUAAACAAGACAUUAGUUGCUAUCGAUGGUUGUAAUUUAAACAAGAUUUUGGCAUCAGAUGAAAAUGUCAUCAAAGAAUUUUAUUCAUAUGCAGAAGAAUGCGUAUCAGUUGUUUGUGCUCGCUGUGAACCCCAACAGAAAGGAAACAUCGUCAGAGCGUUCAUGACAAUGCAUCCUUCCAAAGGAGCAUUAGCAAUUGGCGACGGAUCAAAUGAUGUUGACAUGCUACGUGCUGCAAAUGUUGGUGUAGGAGUUGAAGGAAGAGAAGGAUCUGAAGCUGUUAUGUCAAGUGAUUUUUCAAUUCCUUCUUUCAAACAUCUUGCAAAGCUAUUGCUUGUUCACGGUAGAUGGUGUGCUAAUAGAUGCGCGCUUUUGACUUUGUUGACAUUCUAUAAGAACACGAUGAUGGCCUUGCAACAAAUUUAUUACGGUUUCUUUAACGGUUUUAGUGCUACAUCCGCUUUAGAUUCUCUUUAUAUUUCCAUGUACAAUACUAUAUUAACUGUUCCUCAAUUACUGUUUAUCUGUAUCUUCGAAGAAGACGUGACAGCAAGGUAUGUAUUGGCUGUUCCUCAAGUUUACAUGGAGACACAAGAAAAAGGCGGUUUAAGUAUUAUUUCUGUUGUCAUGUGGUAA